CCGUCAGACUGAACAGUGUAACUCCAUGAAUGACAACCUAAAGAGAGGCAGGCAGGUCGUUCACUUCACACCAGAAUGUGAUGCUAUAAGCAGGAAGGUGAGUGUUGCUAAACAUAGAAUCACGGGGCUAGAGUGAUCUGGAGCUGUCACAUCCAGCCUCCUGCUUUGAAUGUGUGCUGCAGUGUAAUGUACCUUGGGAGUGGAGAAAAUAAUACAAAAUCUGUAGCAGAGGGCAGUCAGGCAAGGUCAAGAGAAGCUGGUUGGCUUCUAACUUUUACCUUUGGAAACAAGGAACUGUAUGGUAAUUUGCAGGUUGCCUGUGGAAGCAAUGAAUCACGUGAUGCCAAAGGAGCCCAGGAGGAAGAGGGUCGAGUAAUUUUGAAGGUAACAGGAAGACAGAGCUGGCUGCUUGGAACUUUUCAGCCCCAGACUUUUCCCAGGGCAGCUAAGCCUGCAGAGAGGGAAAAGCCACUCACAACUCUUCUCCAUGUGCAAACACUAGUGAAUGACCCAAAGGGAGCGAAGUGGAGAUACAUCUAGGAAAGAAAAGACCAAAUGGGAGCAAAGGGGCGUUGCAGAAAAAGGAAAGCAGAACUGAAAGGCCUGGUCCCAAGGAAGGGAGAGCUGUGAAGGGGACUGCAGCUCACAGAGAGAGGCUCCCAGCCUCAGAUCAAUCUAGCAAAAGGCACUGGAUGGGAAGCAGUCAGCCAUGGAUACUCUCUGCUUGUUUGCAAGUGACCCAUGGAUCUACAACUGCUCCUUGAGCAAUUCCAGUGUGGAGAACCAGAUGUCCCAAAGCAACAGAACUCACGUGAAGCGGAAUGAGAACGUUGCCAAGGUGGAGGUGGCCGUGCUCUGCCUCAUCUUCUUCCUUGCCCUGACUGGAAACCUGUGUGUGCUGGCGGCUAUCCACACGACCCGCCACAAGCACUCCCGCAUGUACUUCUUCAUGAAGCACCUGAGCAUCGCUGACCUGGUGGUGGCCGUCUUCCAGGUUUUGCCUCAGCUCAUCUGGGACAUCACUUUCAGGUUCAUUGGGCCAGAUUACCUCUGCAAGUUGAUCAAAUACCUGCAGGUGGUGGGGAUGUUUGCUUCCACUUACAUGCUCUUGCUGAUGUCCCUGGAUCGGUGCUUGGCCAUCUGCCAGCCUUUGAGGUCCUUACGUAGGAGGUCUGACCGGUUGUCUGUCCUCCUCACUUGGAUGGUGUGCCUUCUGUUUAGCAUCCCACAACUCCAAAUAUUUUCCAUGCAGGAUGUGGAUAAUGGGGUGUUCGAUUGCUGGGCAAAUUUCAUCCAGCCCUGGGGACCUAAAGCUUACAUCACCUGGAUAACCUUGACUGUGUACGUUAUCCCUGUGGUCAUGCUGACCAUCUGCUAUGGCUUGAUCAGCUUCAAGAUUUGGCAGAAUGUGAAGCUAAAGACCCUUCACGAGACCAAUGUGAACUUGACCUCUAGGAAUCCCCAUAGAGGCACCCUCUCCAGGGUCAGCAGUGUCAAACUCAUUUCCAAAGCCAAGAUCCGGACUGUCAAAAUGACCUUCAUCAUAGUCUUAGCUUUCAUUAUGUGCUGGACUCCUUUUUUCAUUGUGCAGAUGUGGAUUGCGUGGGACGAAAAUGCUCCAAAAGAAGAAGUGGCGUUCAUCAUCACCACCCUCCUAGCAAGUCUGAACAGCUGCUGUAACCCCUGGAUCUACAUGCUUUUCACAGGCCACCUUUUCCAUGACCUCUUGCGUCGCUUCCUCUGCUGCUCCUCUCGGUACUUAAAAUCUCGGCAAGGAUGUGACCUGAGCGUUAGCAGGAAAAGCAACUCCUCCACCUUUGUCCUGAGUCUCAAAAGCUCCAGUCAGAGGAGCUUCACUCAGCCGUCCACAGCGUGAGGAGGAGAAACCCAAGUCCUCCAAGAACUGUGCCACAACAAGAUGGGCAGACUGGCCUUAGCGUGUACAUACUUAAAAAUAUGAAAUAGAGGUAUACAGGAGUGUUUGGAUGUAAAUACAUAUAUACAUAUAUAUAAUAUAUUACAUAAAAUAUAUUAAAAUGUGUGUAUGAUGUGCAGGGUACUCAUUAUUUAAGGAGCAGGAUAGCAGAAAGACAGCUAUAGUCUAAUAGUAGUUCACAGAACGGAUAGCUCAAGGUUCUAGUGCUGUAUUUUUAAAAGACACAAUGGACUCCACAAGUCAUUGAAGCCAUAAGGCAACAUCUGCCCACAGAUACAAAGUGGAGGACAGCUCCUCUUUGAACACUAUUAGAGCAUGGGUCAGAUAGAAGUGGAGGCAUUUUAGGAGACAAACUACACUUGUAAUAGAAUAACUAUCUCCCUGCCCCAUAUUAACUUUUCAGGCCAGGGGGUGAGAUCGAAUGUGGAAAUGCCCACCACAAAAUGAACUUUCAGAUAGAGAUGGGUUGAUCAGCCUAAAAAUGCUCCAUGCCAUUUAUUCUUGCCCCCAAAGAGCAGUUUGCCCCAUUGCAUUUCAAUGUUAAUGUGUAUCUUUUAAAAAAAAUAAAAAAUCAAUGCAGAAUUAAGACCUUUUUUGAUUUGGUGGUCUGAGCAAGGGAGCUACCUUUAUUAUUAUUAUUAUUUUAAAAAAAAUAAUUGCCACUUGGAGAAGCUUGAAACCAAAUGACUCCUGGAAGUGAUAGGGGCAUGAUAACAUCCCAUUGCUCACAGACUUCUAAAAAGAAAUAACUGCAGCAAAAUAAAAGCAAAAUGGCUGUCCCCAGGAUUUGUAGUGGAGACACAUUUCACCAGCUGCCAGCACUGUCUCAUAACUAAAUGCCAUUGCAUGCUGACAAUCAUGGACUGCAAGAUAUCGACUACCAAGAUAUCAAAUAUUAUUUAUUUUGUAUUUAUAUAUAUACACCACUUAAUGCCAAAAAGGGAGGGGGGAGCUUCUAAGCAGUUCACAAAGUUUAAAAGCAAGUUAUACAAACUGUUAAAAUAUAAAUAUUCAUAAUUAAAAUACACAGUUAAGAACAGGACACUCAGGUUAAGAAAUCAACAUAAGCUGAUGCUUCUUCAAAAGCUGUUAGAAUGCCAAUGCAGAUGGGGCCUCUUAUAUUUCAGCAGAAAAUUAAUUCUUCAAUACCAGUGCUACUAGUGAAAAAGCUCAUCACUGCAGUCCCACAAACUGACGUUCAUCAGACAGUGACCAGGCUAACCAGGUUCCUUUUUUAAAA